GAUUCAGUUGAAGGCAUACUACUAAAUGCACCUUCUCAAAAAGAAGUACGCUUGAAUGCUGAUGCCUUCUCAAAGAUGAAAAAGCUAAGAUUGCUUAAAAUUUGUACUGUGCACCUUCCUCAAGGCCUCAGUUAUCUUUCUAAUGAGUUACGUUUGAUGGAAUGGCAUGAAUAUCCUCUGAAAUCCAUGCCGACGAGUUUUCAACCAGAGAAACUUGUUGAACUCGUUAUGCAUCGCAGCCACAUCAAGCAACUACCCAAUGGAUUUAGUAACUUACACAGGCUAAAAGUCAUGGACCUUACUGACUCGCAAAACUUAAUCAAGACUCCUAACUUCACUGGACUUCCAAAUCUUGAGAGGGUCAUUUUUCAAGGUUGCACAAGAUUGUAUGAGGUUCACCCGUCUAUUGGAGUUCUCAAACAGCUUACUCUAUUAAGUCUGGAAGAUUGCAAACAUCUUAAUAGCCUUCCACCGGAAAUCAAUUUGGAAUCUCUUGAAACUUUGAUCUUAUCUGGCUGUUCAAGACUCAAAAAGUUUCCAGAUAUCGGAACAAGUAUGACACGUUUGUCGGAGCUUUAUUUGGAUGGGACUGCCAUAGAGGAACUGCCAUUAUCAAUUGAGCAUCUAACUGGCCUGACUUUAUUGUAUCUUCAAGACUGCAACAACUUUUCAAGUUUUCCAAGUGUCAUUGGUAGUUUGACAUCUCUUAAAACUCUCAUUCUGUCCAGAUUGAAGGUUUGCCCACAUAAACCAUGGCAUUCCUUGGGCCUCUCACCCAUUCUAUCGUCAGUUGGUGCGGCUGCACUUGCUUUAUGGGCAGAUUUUUCCCUGGGCCUCUCCCCCAUUUUAUCAGCAAUUGUUGCGACCACACUAAUUGGUUUAUGGACAUAUUGUUUGUUUAUUGCCAAACAUCCUGAACCAAAGCCCAACUUCUUGUUGCUCAAGUCUUUGUCAGGUUUAGGCUCAUUAGUUUGUCUAGAUCUAAGUGACUGCAAUCUGGAGGACGGAGCUCUCCCCAAUGAUCUUAGUUGCUUAUCUUCACUGCAAUCUCUAAAUUUGAGCAAAAACCAUUUUAGAUGCGUGCCUGACAGCGUUUCUCAGCUUUCUAAGCUUAAAUUUCUCUACUUGGACAAUUGUAGCAGGCUUAAAUCAUUGACAAAUAUUCCGUUAAGUACACAAUAUGUAAUGGCACGAGAAUGCACUUCACUGGAAAAUUAUUCAAAUCAAGUUAUAGUGUGGACUUCAAGUGAAUCAGGAUUCACGUUUAUUAACUGCCUCAGCUUGGGGGACAAUGAAGAAUGCAAACUUAGUGUUCCCAACCAACUCGAGCUUAUUCACGAGCAGCUUAAUUUGCAAAAUAUACAUUUGCAGCCAUUGUGGCAAAGAUACAUGGAGGAUCAAAUGGAGCAAAUUGAUCAAAGCAAAGGAUUUAAUGGCGUUUUCCGUCAAACUGAAAUUCCAAAGUGGUUCAGCCAUCAGAACCCUGAAGGGUCAUCUGUACCAAUCCCGCUACCGCCUGAUCUGUAUGAAAAUAACAGAUGGAGAGGAAUUGCGUUGUGUGCUAUUUUUGAAGUUGAUAAGAAUUUGAAGAAUGAGGACUCCCCUGCUCAGGAUUCAAAAAGUUUUCUUGAGUUUAUAUGUCGCUUGGACAUGGAUGGAGGUGUUGUAGAUUCUCCCCUGGUUUUUACUUUCCCUAAAGACAAAUUCUAUCGGCCUGGCUCGUUUGGACUUUGGCUAUUUAUAUCGCAUGUGAGGUUUAGGGGCCAUUUAGAUGUGCGCGACUGCAUUAGCCCUUCAAUUACAACCAACACCCCACAUGUUGAGAUUAAACUGUGCGGUGCACGUUUAGUAUACGAGGAAGAUAUGGUAGAGUUUGUCAAACAUUUCAGCCAGGAAGCUUUUGGGAGCCCUGAUGUCCUACAUCAACGUCAUCAAGAAUUCAUUGAGUAUCAUAAGAACUCUUCCGAAAGCCCUGAUGCCCAAAUUAGUGACUCCAACCCCAGGCUGAAAACAGAGCUCAACACAUUGCUUUCAAUAUUGUACCAGGUUAUCUCUCCCGGCCUAUAUAGGAUUUCUUCACUGAAAACCAUAAUUUCUCUAUCUAUUUUUAUCUCACUCACUCAUGAACACCAUAUAUAUGUGUAUGGUUCAAUUAUCAACAAAAUUCUGUGUCCGACCUAA